AUGACACAUUUGCUCUGCGACCAGUACAUCAUUGACCACUACAAGGCACUUACAUCGAAGAAUAAGCCCUUGCCACCAGUCGUCAGCAAGAAAGCUUCACCAGAUGAUGACCUCUUGAUCAGCGACGUGAAGGUUACCGAACCACUGAAGAAGGAAACGCUCACAUUCCCCUCCGAAGGAUACCCAUUACCUGUUUCUCCAGAACCACCAGCACCCACGAGCUCCAAGGCGGCUGAAGAGGAUUUAUCCAAGCCUCCAGACGGAACGUACGCACUACCUAACCCUCCCACAAACGCAAUAGGCCAGAACUUGGCGAAAGAGAAGGAGAAUCCAAUCAUUCCUCCAGUUGGAGCAUACGUAUUUCCUAAUCCUGGAAUACCGCUUGAAGUGGCGACUUACCCACCAGCGACCCCUACGCCUUACCUUGUCCCUACCGUAACGGCGACAAUCUCGUUGACUACCUCUUCUUCACGUCCGACAACUGAAUCGCCGACCACAACCACUCCACUUCUGACGACCACUACCACAUCUACAACCCCACCGCCUGCUUCUAGGACCACAACGUCUACAACCAGGGCAACGGCAGGCAGCACAUCCGCAACUACUUCUUUGAAGACUACGACAACCUACGUUCCUCCAAGCACAACCCCAAAGCCUCCACCCACUCAUACAACCUCCUCCGCUCCCAGAACAUCAACGGCUACAACCAGAGCUGAACCAGCUUGCAAUUCUUUGGCCACCGCUACUCAGACUACUACAACUAAAGCUGCAACCACAACUCCUACCGAGUACCCUACGGGGAAAAGCCCCAAGGAAGAACGAGCAGAAUCCACAACUCCGAACCCAAUUUCCCACAGCCCUACUGAAGGAUACCCCAUCCCUACACGUCAGACUACCACAAUGGACAGCUUCUACAACAACAGAAGCGCCCAAACCAUCCUCCAGUCCCUCCACACCUCGACCCUUUGUCAAGCUAAGCAUCACUCACAAAGAGGAGACCAACCAACCUGUGGUGGAUCCAUACGGAGAUGA